GUAUUCCAUGCAAAUAAAAAUAGUGGUAGUUACAGGUUAAUUUCUCAUAAGAUUAAGAAGGAAACCAUAUAAAAUGAAAAUAGAUAGCAGACCUCUUAGAUAUGCCCAUGCGGAGGGUCAUACGGAUGUUUGCUACUCUGAGGAUGGACAGCAUAUCAUUACUUGCGGAAAUGACGGAGACGUUCGAAUAUGGGUUGAUAUUGAAGACGACGAUCCCAAUUCCCAUUGUGUUGGAGAGAGUGCAACAGCGGUGUGUUUUAAGGACAAGAGGCUGUAUGUGGCUACUGACAAUCAUGCUGUACAAGCUUACACAUUCCCGGCUUUCGACAAAGACGGGAUUGUUACUAGGUUUACUGCAUCCAUCACACAAAUUAUGACAAACACUAAAAUUGAGGCUUUGGGUUGUACAUCAGAAAACAUGGAAGCCAAAAUAUGCAGUCCAGAAGGUGGUGCUCCUUUAUUUGUGAUGUCUGAACACAAAGGACCAGUCCUCAGUAUUGCGCUGUGUCCUCAAAUGAAAUAUUCGGCUACAGCUUGUGGAGACGGCAUGUUGAGGAUUUGGGACAUUGACACACAGAAAAUGGUCAAAGAAAUAGCUUGUGUUCCUAAAAUUAAUACAUUUUAUUCUGCUAAAGUUGUGUGUCGCAUGGAUUUUGAGCCAUCAGAAGGCAGGUACCUGGCUUAUCCCAACAACAGAGAGGUGACCCUAUUGGAGUAUGAGACUUGGGGACAACGGAUGACAUUCACACACAGCUCAAUAAAAUGUGCAAUUUCUCAAUGCCGAUUUUCACCAUGUGGUCAAUAUUUGGCCGCAAGCACCAUUGCCGGGCAGAUAGCUGUCUGGGAAGUGCAAUCUGGUACAUGCAUGGGCAUCAUUGACCAUCCUACUUCACAUAAUGUUACUGCUAUGGCAUGGAACCCAAAAGGAAAUGGUGUGUUAGCGUAUUGCGACGUAUCCGGACAGCUUGGUGCACUGAUGAAUUGCUACGGCAAGGACAGCAAGGCCGAGGAUGGUGCUGAUGCGCCCGAUGAUGUUGAAAUGGUGGAGAGAGCUGAUGAUGACAAUGACUUAGACAAUUUAAUCGAAAACUACAACAGUGAUGAUGAUGACAACGCUAUAUCACUAGAGAAGCUCAAGAAUGAAACUCUAGGAUUGGGAACAGUAAGAGAGGAAGAGUCAAGGCCCGUGUCACGACAUGAGCCAGCGGUGACCACAGUGCCGCCGCAGGCACCGUUCCAGCCUUCUGCGACCCCUGGCCACUUAGAACAUAGAUACAUGUGCUGGAACGACAUCGGCAUAGUCCGCUGUCACACACUAGAAAACGGCGAGUCGACUAUUGACGUCGAGUUUCACGACACGAACCUGCACCAUGGGAUCAACCUCAAUAAUUAUUUGAACCAUAGUAUGGCCAGCCUGUCUGCGAGCGUCCUUGUACUGGCCUGUGAGACUCCUAGUAAAAUAGUAUGCAUAUCGCUAGUUGGCAGCAGCAAAGAGUGGAGCGUAUCCAUGCCAGAUACGGAAGAGAUACUUUGCGUCACGGCGGGUAGCGACGUCGUCGCGUGCGCGACUAACGCGAGGUUACUGCGACUGUUCACACCCAUGGGCACACAGAGACAGGUUAUAUCUCUGUCUGGGCCCGCGGUGUCGCUGGCUGCGUUUAACACCACCGUGUUCUCCGUGUACCACGCUACUGACCCCGGGGUGACUGACCAACAUCUCGCCAUGGACAUCGUGGCUAUGAAUGGCCGUCAAAUCCGCAGCAAAACAGUUCCCCUACCACUAACUCCAAGUGCCAAACUAUCCUGGCUCGGCACCACCGAUGUGGGUUCACCGUGUGCCUACGACAAUACUGGCAUACUGCGACUUUACGAUAUCUCCAGUGGAGUGUGGAUGCCCAUAUGCGAUACUAACAAUCAUUCUAGGGGAGCUUCCGACUCGUGGUUCGUCGUUUCGAUUAGUGAGCCAACUCAAACGGUCCGCGCUAUCCUGUGCAGAGGCACUUCGUUCCCUCCUACGAUACCCAAACCCAUUGUUACGGAGUUAGCCAUUCAGAUACCGCUAUGUGAGCUGGACACUGAGAAAGGGCAGUGUGAGGAGCAACUCGUGAGAUGGGCGCACACCAGUGCUGACGUCAACAUAAAGACGGCUAGGGAAUCCGCACUUAAGUUGUUUGCGCUCGCAUGCCGAAGUGAAAUAGAACAACGAGCCUUAGAACUAAUGGAACUAUUAAAAGACGAUCGCCUAGUACCAUUCGCUGCCAAAUACGCCUCCCGCCUCGGCCGAGUCCAUCUAGCGGACAAACUAGCUAACUUGGCAGAGACCUGGGGAGAUUCGGAUAAAAUGAACGUCGCUCAGAAACAUUUCAAUGAGUUGGAUACACAGGAGACGUAUGACGUCACGAAUUCGGAUCAGGACUUGAACGCGAGUCUGAUUAUACCGCAGAAGGCGAAGGAGAGGAAAGGGGAAAUGGUUGCACCUAUCAAACCUGUCCCAAUCAAAUCAUCGCCGGCCGGAGUCAGGAAUCCGUUCAGAAAGCAACAGAAGACCAAGACCGUGCAGAGUCCACUCAGUCUGACAGAGAGAACGUUGGUGGAGGUGCACACGGAACCAUCGGAGAAUACUGACCCAGUAACAAUCCAAGAAGGCGAAACGUUCGUGGAUUGGUUCUCAAGAAACAAAUCCAACUUAGAAUCGCAAAACCCCGAGUUGACACCGUCAGAGCUUAGUCGCCUCGGCAUUAGAACCUUCAAGGCCCUUCAAGGCAAAAACAGUGCCGUCAAUGGGACCCCAGAGAGCACGCAAAAGAGAAAACUCGACGAUGAAAUUAAUGGUGCAGAUACUCCAAUAACUAGCGCGCCCAAACAGUCUAAACUUAGCGCCUUUGCCUUUCAGAAAAAAGCGUGAAACUUUGUGAACGAUGAAUUCUUAAAAGCGUUUAAUCGGUUGGCUAAAGGUUGGUUUACACGAUACGAUAUCUCGCAUGCUAGUUUUAUUUCGAUUGCAUCAUUUGAUAAGUCAUUUUUUCUAAAAUCGCAUGAGAGUUCGCGCCCCGUCUAAAUGAGCCUUAAGACUGGCAAGGAAUAACAGUUAACUUUAGCGUAGACCAUAAGGCAUAGUUUUAACUUUUGACUGUUACGUAUUUAUGGUUUGACACCUUUUCAUAAGACUACUGAUAAUUGUACAUAUUGACUGUAAGAAUAAAAUAAAACUGUUUAAGAUUAAAUAAAA